AUGGCCGCAUAUUCUGGGUUGGGAACCCAUCCCAAGCUGGAAUCAAUUGGUUUUCCAAAAGUUGUUGACAGAUACUGGAAACACUUGAAAAAGAAAUUAAAAAAUUAUAAGUAUUGGAGCCGGUGGGUCGGUCAUUCAGAACGCGGGCCCACUAAACGAAAGUCCUUGCGGUGUCAUGCUCUUGUCACUGUUAUUGCCAGACAAGCCAGCACGCUGACAAGGCGCGUGUAA